AUGACCGUUAGUGAUGUUAAAAUAGCCAUUGAUAGAGGUGGAACAUUUACUGAUGUUUUAGCCAUUAUUCCUGGCCAAUCUGAUUACAUGUUUAAAUUACUUUCUGUAGAUCCGGCUAAUUAUAAAGAUGCUACUAUUGAAGGUAUAAGAAGAGUGUUGGAGAAAGUUACUGGAGCUAGAAUUCCUAAAGGUCAACCAUUGGAUACUACAUGUGUUUCGUCUAUUAGGAUGGGUACUACUGUGGCAACAAAUGCUUUGUUAGAGAGGAAAGGUGUACGUUCUGCAUUCCUCGUCACUAGAGGAUUCAAGGAUAUCUUACACAUUGGUGACCAAACAAGACCUGAUUUAUUUGCUUUGGUAGUUGAUAAACCGUCUCCAUUAUACGAAGAAGUUGUUGAGAUCGGAGAAAGAGUCACCAUUCCCAGUGCUACCGAGGACCCUGAAUCUUUGAACUAUCAUGAUAAAGUCGAUGGUGAGAAAUUGGUUCAUGGUGAAAGUAAAGACGUUUUCCAAAUUUUAAAACCUUUGGAUAAAGAUGAUGCUCGUAAGAAAUUAUUAGAAUUGAAAGUCAAGGGUAUUGAUUCAAUCGGUAUAUGUUUGAUUCAUGGAUAUAGUUAUCAAGCUCAUGAACAACAAUUGAAAGAAAUUGCUGAAGAAGUAGGUUUCAGUAAUAUUUCGGUUAGUCAUGAACUUAUUCCAAUGAUCAGUGCUAUUCCAAGAUCUCAAUCAACUGUUGUUGAUGCAUAUUUGACACCGAUUGUUAAAGAAUAUAUUAACAACUUCUUGUCAGGAUUGAAGGGAAGUGACACCCGUAUUGAAUUCAUGCAAAGUGAUGGAGGGUUAUGUUCUUGGGAUAAGUUUACCGGUUUGAAAGCAUUAUUAUCAGGACCUGCUGGUGGAGUUGUUGGUGAAGCAGAAACUUGUUAUGACGCUAAUGAAAAGACUCCAAUUGUUGGUUUCGACAUGGGUGGUACUUCAACUGAUGUUUCUCGUUACGCUGGUAGUUAUGAACAUGUUUUUAAAUCAAUUACUGCAGGAGUUCAAAUUGCUGCUCCUCAAUUAGAUAUCAAUACCGUUGCUGCUGGUGGUGGAUCCAUCUUAACAUAUCAACAUGGUGUUUUUAAGGUAGGUCCUGACUCAGCAGGUGCACACCCAGGUCCUGCUUGUUAUCGUAAAGGUGGUCCUUUGACCAUUACUGAUGCCAACUUGAUGUGUGGUAGAAUUUUACCCCAAUAUUUCCCACAAAUCUUCGGACCUAAUGAAAAUGAACCUUUGGAUACAGAUAUAGUUGAAAAGAAAUUUCAAGAGUUAGCAGAAACCAUCAACAAGGAUGGAAGUAAAUAUACUGCUUUUGAAGUUGCCUUAGGGUUUUUGAAAGUUGCCAAUUUUCAAAUGGCCAAACCUAUCAGAGUUUUAACCGAAUCCAGAGGUUUUGACGUAUCUCAGCAUAACUUGGCUUCUUUCGGUGGUGCUGGAGGUCAACAUGCCACAUCCAUUGCUUCAAUCUUGAAGAUGAGAAGAGUCUUGAUUCAUAGGUACUCUUCAAUUCUUUCAGCUUAUGGUAUAGCUUUAGCUGAUAUUGUUCAGGAGGAUCAAAAACCUUGUCAUGAAGUUUAUGGUGACAAGACAAGAGAUGAACUAUUAGAUAAAUGUAAAAGUCUAGUCACCAAUGUCAAACAACAAUUAUUGGCUCAAGGAGUCAAUGAAAAUACCAUUGAAGCUGAAAUUUUCUUCAAUAUGGGAUAUGACGGUUCUGAUACAUUUUUGAUGAUUCCCCAACCUGAAGAUAAUGAUUUCCACAGAGUUUUCACUGAAGUUCAUAAACGUCAAUUUUCUUUCGUUGACAAGAACAGAGGUGUUGUGGUUCAUGAUAUUAGAGUUAGAGCCAGUGGUAAUGUAUCAAAGAUUAAGGAAGUAUCACCAUUUGAUGAUCUAGCCAAAAUUGAAAAAUUUUCCACCGCUAAACCAAUUACUACCUCCAAGAUUCAUUUCGAGGAAGGAUUAUUGGAUUCCAGAAUCUAUGAAUUGAGUAAUUUACCUGUAGGUUCAGUAGUGAAGGGACCUUCAUUAAUUCUUGAUGCCACACAAACUAUUCUUGUUACGCCCUCAUCCACUGCUACUAUUCUUUCUCGUCAUGUUGUCAUCGAUUUAGAGAAAUCCAAAGGUGAAAAAGUCAUGGAAGACUCCAUUGACCCUAUCUUAUUAUCGGUGUUUGCUAACAGAUUUACAGCCAUUGCUGAAGAUAUGGGUAGAACCUUGCAAAAAAUUAGUAUUAGUCCUAAUAUUAAAGAGAGAAUGGAUUUCAGUUGUGCAUUGUUUGAUGCUGAUGGUGAUUUGGUUGCUAAUGCCCCCCAUGUUCCAGUUCAUUUGGGUUCCAUGAGUAAUAGUAUAAGAUAUGCUAAGAAAUUUUGGGAAGGUAAUAUCCAUGAAGGUGAUAUUUUAGCCACUAAUCAUCCUAUAGCUGGUGGUACUCAUUUACCAGAUAUAACCCUUAUCUCCCCUGUUUUCAAAGAUGGCGAAAUUGUGUUCUUCACUGCUUCAAGAGCUCACCAUGCAGAAAUUGGUGGAUCAGUACCAGGAUCUUGUGCGGCUGAUGCAACUAGUUUAUAUGAAGAAGGAGCUCAGUUCGUUGCUUGGAAAAUUGUAAGUAAAGGUGAAUUUGAUCAUGCUGGGGUUCAAAAAUACUUUGUUGAUGAACCAGCUUCUUAUCCAGGAUGUUCAGGAACUCGUAGAUUGAAAGAUAAUGUAUCAGAUUUAAAUGCACAAAUUGCCAGCAACCAAAGAGGUGUGAACUUAUUGAUGGAACUAUUUAACGAAUAUGGUACUGAGGUUGUGUUGAGAUAUAUGAAGGGUGUUGAAGCUACUGCCGAAGUGGCUGUUCGUAAAUUUUUGAAACAAAUUUAUCACGAACGUAAAGAACAAUUACCUUUAACUGCUGAAGAGAUCAUGGACGAUGGGUCAUUGAUUAAGGUUUCAAUUGACAUUAAAGCUGACGGUUCAGCUACUUAUGAUUUCACCGGUACAAGUGAAGAAGCGUUCAACUGUGGUAAUGCUCCAAUUGCUAUCACUUAUGCUUGUAUCAUUUAUUGUCUUAGAUUGAUGGUUAAUUCCGAUAUUCCAUUGAACGAAGGGUGCUUGAACCCUGUUACUCCUAUUAUACCAAAAGGAAGUAUUUUGAACCCAUCCCCAUUUGCAGCUGUUUCUGCUGCCAACAGUGCUACAGCUCAAAGGCUAACUGAUACUAUUUUAAAAGCUUAUCAAGUGUGUGGGGCAUCAUCAGGUUCAAAUAAUACUUUGGCUUUUGGUAAGGGAGGAAUUACCAAUGGUGUAAUGAAGCCAGGUUUUGCCAUGGUAGAAACCAUCGGUGGAGGUAUUGGGGCCGUUGAAGGAUCAGAUGGAUUUUCAGGAGUUCAUUGUCAUAUGACCAAUACCAAAAUUACUGAUCCUGAAGUUUUGGAAUUGCGUUAUCCCAUUGUUUUACACGAAUUCAGCGUCCGUCAUAGAAGUGGUGGUGACGGAGCUUAUAAAGGAGGUGAUGGUUUGGUGAGGAUAUAUGAGUUUACUACUCCAUUAAGUUGUACAUUACGUACUCAGAGAAGGGUUAAUGCACCUUUUGGUAUUAAAGGUGGUAAAGAAGCCAAAAGAGGUGAAAAUAGAUUGGGUAGAAAGAGAGGUGAUGAAGUGCAAUGGAUCUUGUUACCAUCAUUUGCUCAAUUCAAAGUAGAAGCUGGAGAUUUUGUUAAAAUCAGAACCCCGGGUGGUGGAGGUUAUGGUGAACCAACAGAUAUCAAGCCAGGAAUCACCAAAACCAGUACACAUAUUCCAUUGGCCGGAGGAACUGUUGCUUCUAUGAAUGAUUUAGGUAUCACUUCCCAGUAA